AUGGAGAGUCAGGUGUUCAGUGUUCAGCAGAUCCAACCCAACGUCAUUUCCGUCCGCCUCUUCAAGCGCAAGGUGGGGGGCCUGGGCUUCCUGGUGAAGGAGCGGGUGAGCAAGCCACCCGUGAUCAUCUCCGACCUGAUCCGAGGGGGUGCCGCAGAGCAGAGCGGCCUCAUCCAGGCCGGCGACAUCAUCCUUGCAGUCAACGGCCAGCCCCUGGUGGACCUGAGCUAUGACAGUGCCUUGGAGGUACUCAGGGGCAUCGCCUCUGAGACCCACGUGGUCCUCAUUCUGAGGGGCCCUGAGGGCUUCACCACUCACCUGGAGACCACCUUCACCGGGGAUGGGACCCCCAAGACCAUCCGGGUGACGCGGCCCCUCGGUCUGCCCACCACAGCCGUCGAUCUCUCUCACCAGUCAUCAGCCAGCAAGGAGCACACGCCGGCCGUGGACGGGACCACAGGGCCUGGCAACGGCCCCCAGCAUACCCAUGACAGCAGGCAGGAAGCGGGCUCACUCUCGAACACCAACAGCCUGGCCCCCAGACCCCCAGGCCAGGACCCCACCAAGAAAAGCACCGGGGUCGCCCCCCAAGACAGCCAGAAGAGUGAAUUGCUCAAAGAGAUAGAGCCUGUGCUGAGUCUUCUCACCAGUGGGAGCAAAGGGAUCAACGGAGGGGGACCUUCCAAGGCGGAGACAAAAGACGCGGAAGUCCAGGUGGACAGAGGUGUGGAUGGCAAGUCACACAAACCGCUGCCCCUUGGCGUGGAGAAUGACCGAGUCUUCAGUGACCUGUGGGGGAAGGACCACGUGCCCGUCAUCCUCAACAACCCGUAUUCAGAGAAGGAGCAGCCCCCUGCCUCGGGAAAACAGUCUCCCACAAAGAAUGGCAGCCCCUCCAAGUGCCCCCGCUUCCUCAAGGUCAAGAACUGGGAGACUGACGUGGUUCUCACCGACACCCUUCACCUUAAGAGCACACUGGAAACAGGGUGCACCGAGCACAUCUGUAUGGGCUCUAUCAUGCUCCCUUCUCAGCAAAUACGAAGGCCUGAAGACGUCCGCACGAAAGAACAGCUCUUCCCUCUCGCCAAAGAGUUCAUUGAUCAGUACUACUCGUCAAUUAAAAGAUUUGGCUCCAAAGCGCACACAGAGAGGCUGGAAGAGGUGAACAAAGAGAUUGAAACCACGGGCACCUACCAGCUCAAAGACACGGAGCUCAUCUACGGGGCAAAGCACGCCUGGCGGAACGCGUCCCGCUGCGUUGGCAGGAUCCAGUGGUCCAAGCUGCAGGUGUUUGAUGCCCGCGACUGCACCACGGCCCACGGGAUGUUCAACUACAUCUGCAACCACAUCAAGUAUGCCACCAACAAAGGGAACCUCAGGUCUGCCAUCACCAUAUUUCCGCAGAGGACCGACGGCAAGCACGAUUUCCGGGUCUGGAACUCUCAGCUCAUCCGCUAUGCUGGCUACAAGCAGCCCGAUGGCUCUAUCCUAGGGGACCCAGCCAAUGUGGAAUUCACAGAGAUCUGCAUCCAGCAGGGCUGGAAACCCCCAAGGGGCCGCUUUGACGUCCUGCCACUCCUGCUCCAGGCCAACGGCAAUGACCCCGAGUUGUUCCAGAUUCCCCCAGAGCUGGUGUUGGAAGUGCCUAUCAGGCACCCCAAGUUUGAGUGGUUCAAGGAUCUGGGCCUGAAGUGGUAUGGCCUCCCCGCUGUGUCCAACAUGCUGCUGGAGAUUGGCGGCCUGGAGUUCAGCGCCUGCCCCUUCAGCGGCUGGUACAUGGGCACAGAGAUCGGCGUCCGCGACUACUGUGACAACUCUCGAUACAACAUCCUGGAGGAAGUGGCCAAGAAGAUGAACUUGGACAUGAGGAAGACGUCCUCCCUGUGGAAGGACCAGGCGCUGGUGGAAAUCAACAUUGCUGUUCUCUAUAGCUUCCAGAGUGACAAAGUGACCAUCGUUGACCACCACUCGGCCACCGAGUCCUUCAUUAAGCACAUGGAGAAUGAAUACCGCUGCCGGGGGGGCUGCCCUGCUGACUGGGUGUGGAUUGUGCCCCCCAUGUCCGGCAGCAUCACCCCGGUCUUCCACCAGGAGAUGCUCAACUACCGGCUCACCCCCUCCUUCGAAUACCAGCCUGAGCCUUGGAACACCCAUGUCUGGAAAGGUACCAAUGGGACCCCCACAAAGAGGCGAGCCAUCGGCUUCAAGAAACUGGCAGAAGCCGUCAAGUUCUCAGCCAAGCUCAUGGGGCAAGCAAUGGCCAAGAGGGUCAAGGCGACCAUCCUUUAUGCCACAGAAACGGGCAAGUCACAGGCCUAUGCUAAAACCUUGUGCGAGAUCUUCAAACAUGCCUUUGAUGCCAAGGUGAUGUCCAUGGAAGAAUAUGACAUUGUACAUCUGGAACAUGAAACUCUCGUCCUCGUGGUUACCAGCACUUUUGGCAAUGGAGACCCCCCUGAGAAUGGGGAGAAAUUCGGCUGCGCUUUGAUGGAAAUGAGGCACCCCAACUCUGUGCACGAGGAAAGGAAGAGCUACAAGGUCCGAUUCAAUAGUGUUUCCUCAUAUUCUGACUCCCAUAAAUCAUCAGGUGAUGGGCCAGACCUCAGAGACAACUUCGAGAGUGCUGGACCCCUGGCAAACGUGAGGUUCUCUGUGUUUGGCCUUGGCUCCCGGGCUUACCCUCACUUCUGCGCCUUUGGACAUGCCGUGGACACCCUCUUGGAGGAGCUGGGAGGAGAGAGAAUCCUGAAGAUGAGGGAAGGGGAUGAGCUCUGUGGGCAAGAAGAGGCUUUUAGGACCUGGGCCAAGAAGGUCUUCAAGGCAGCCUGUGAUGUGUUUUGUGUGGGAGACGAUGUCAACAUCGAGAAGGCCAACAACUCCCUCAUCAGCAACGACCGCAGCUGGAAGAGGAACAAGUUCCGCCUCACCUACGUGGCCGAAGCUCCAGAACUUACACAAGGUCUAUCCAGUGUCCACAAAAAGCGGGUCUCGGCUGCUCGACUCCUCAGCCGUCAGAACCUUCAGAGCCCUAAAUCCAGCCGAUCAACCAUCUUCGUGCGUCUGCACACCAACGGGAAUCAGGAGCUGCAGUACCAGCCUGGGGACCACUUGGGCGUCUUCCCGGGCAACCGUGAGGACCUCGUGAAUGCCCUGAUCGAGCGGCUGGAGGACGCGCCCCCGGUCAAUCAGCUGGUGAAGGUGGAGCUGCUGGAGGAGCGGAACACGGCUUUGGGAGUGAUCAGUAACUGGACAGACGAGCACCGCCUCCCACCCUGCACCAUCUUCCAGGCCUUCAAGUACUACCUGGACAUCACCACGCCGCCGACGCCGCUGCAGCUGCAGCAGUUUGCCUCCCUGGCCACCAGCGAGAAGGAGAAGCAGCAUCUGCUGGUCCUCAGCAAGGGUUUGCAGGAAUAUGAGGAAUGGAAAUGGGGCAAGAACCCCACCAUCGUGGAGGUGCUGGAGGAGUUCCCAUCCAUCCAGAUGCCGUCCACCCUUCUCCUGACCCAGCUGUCCCUGCUGCAGCCCCGCUACUAUUCCAUCAGCUCCUCCCCAGACAUGUACCCCGAUGAGGUGCACCUCACCGUGGCCAUCGUCUCCUACCGCACCCGAGAUGGAGAAGGACCAAUUCACCACGGCGUGUGCUCCUCCUGGCUCAACCGGAUACAGGCUGACGAAGUAGUCCCGUGUUUCGUGAGAGGAGCACCCAGCUUCCACCUGCCCCAAAAUCCCCAAGUGCCCUGCAUCCUCAUUGGCCCAGGCACUGGCAUUGCCCCUUUCCGAAGCUUCUGGCAGCAACGGCAAUUUGACAUCCAACACAAAGGAAUGAGCCCCUGCCCCAUGGUCCUGGUGUUCGGGUGCCGGCAAUCCAAGACAGAUCACAUCUACAGGGAGGAGACUCUGCAGGCCAAGAACAAGGGGGUCUUCCGAGAACUUUACACAGCCUACUCCCGAGAGCCAGACAAACCAAAGAAGUACGUGCAGGACAUCCUGCAGGAACAGCUAGCAGAACCGGUGUACCGAGCCCUGCAGGAGCAAGGGGGCCACAUCUAUGUCUGCGGGGACGUCACCAUGGCCGCUGAUGUCCUCAAAGCCAUCCAGCGCAUCAUGACCCAGCAGGGGAAACUCUCAGCGGAGGAUGCGGGUGUGUUCAUCAGCAGGCUGAGGGAUGACAACCGGUACCAUGAGGAUAUUUUCGGGGUCACCCUGCGAACAUAUGAAGUGACCAACCGCCUUAGAUCUGAAUCCAUUGCCUUCAUUGAGGAGAGCAAAAAAGACACUGACGAGGUUUUCAGCUCCUAACUGGAUCCUCUUGCCCAGACGGAUGGCAGGGGGGCUGUCCCAUGCACCCCCGCGGAGCGGCUGCAGGUUUUCUAAGCGUGGACACUGCUGAACCUUCCCUCCGGGACCCUGUGUGGCCCCCGCUGUCCCUCUCGUCCUGUCGCUGUGGUUUUUCCUCUUCUGGGUCCUUGCCCCUCGGUGGUUUCCUUGGCCCUCUUGGGUUUUCUCCUUGAGUUGUCCUGCUACAAUGCAAUGCCUUUAUAAUCCACAGUGGCUCUUACAAAACUGUUUCCCCCUCCCUCUCUUCCCGACAAGGGCAGAUCCCCGGCGCAUGACAUCACUGGAACGUGGCCGUGGCUCUGGGGUUCCCCCGGAGAGGCUCCAGGGACUGGUCAGGAAGGUCUUCUGAGCCAGUCUCUCUGCUGCUGAAGCCCCCCCUUGUCCUUUUUUAUGAUGACGUCCUGGUCGUGUGUGUGUGUGUG